AAUAUUAGAUUUUUUUUUUACCCGUUAUAUCCGAAUCCGCAUAAGUCGAGAACUGUGUAACCCGAGAACAGACUGUAUUUCUAUUUAUAAUACUUAAGCUACUACAGUCUAUCACAAAAUGAAACAUGCUAUCCCAGACCAAAACUAACUGCAAAGGGUGCUGUUAGAACAUUAUUCAUUCGUUCUACAACGAUAUUUAUUAGAUGGAACAAAUUUCAAGCAAAACACGAGGUGCUGCUAGUUUGGUAUCGUCGAUCAUAUUUUGCUAACCGAUAAGCCUUGCUCGCAAAAGAGUGUUUGCACUGGGUAUUGAAUCCAUCAAUAUCCGUAAAAAGUUUAACAAAGUUAAGUGGUUUUCGCUAACGAUAUAUCUACAUUCAUCAAGUACUUGCGUGAUACAUCUUUACUUGUAGUUUAUUCUGGCUAGCCAUCAUGUCGUGCCAUAGAGACCAUCCUGAAGCUCCGACCUGGUUAAACGACGAGUUCUUCCGUGAUGUAAUGCGCGAAUCAAAUAACGAUUUGUCGAUCGAGCUGACCAGGCCCUCCAUAUUACGUCCUGGUACAAGCAAAAAAGAUCACUAUGGUAGUGUCAUGUUCCGGACCACCGUCACGUAUCAAUCAAAUCGCUUAGCUGAGGAAAAGUUUGUUGAUCUUAUCAUGAAAACAAAGCCUGAAGCAGACGGAUUGAUGAAAGAUCUGCUAGACGACGAUGGAUUGUUUGUGGUAGAAAUCGAGAUGUACAGCAAGGUUCUACCAGAAGUGACACGUUUGUUGAAGGAAAUAGGAGAGGAAUACAUCUAUGGUACGCUAAAGCCACACACUAUCCUUAUUUUGGAGGAUAUUAGUGGUCAAGGAUGGGUCGAGGGUGAUCUUAUUAACACGCUGGACGACAUGAAGCCGGUAGUGAAAAAUAUAGCCAUGCUGCAUGCAGCGUCCGUGAUCCUGGAAAGCUCUGAUACUACAGUUGUGAACAAAUUUCGUCAUACGAUGGCUCAUAAGUUUUUGGGCUUAGAAGGAUUAGUUAGAAAAGGGUUUGGAGAUUUGAUGCAGCUUACAGAGUUGUAUUCGGAAUUUGCGCAAUUUGCUAAGCCUCUAGUAAAGUUUCAGCAAAACCUGCGAGAUUUUUUUGACAGCAUUUUUAAGCCAACGAAAUCGAUACAAAGCGUAUUAAUACAUGGCGAUUGCCAUACAAAGAAUCUGCUCCAUCAGCUUGACGCUCACGGACGACAUACUGAAACCAUGUUAGUUGAUUAUCAGAUCUGCUGCUGGACCUCUCCGGCCAUUGAUUUGUACUAUAUGCUGGAUCUAAUACCAACGCAAAAAAUUAAGGACAAUUAUCGCUCUGAGUUGGUCUAUUUGUAUCAUCAACAGUACAGCAAUCUAUUGAAACGCCUGGGAUUUAAAAGAAACAUACCAUCCCUACAAGACUUGAACAUAGAACUAAUACGAUGUGCUGGUCUUGAACUGUUCCACUAUGCGGCUUUUAUGUCUUACCGGUUCAUGGAUCAAUGUGCGAUCGAUGUUGAGGCAUUGCUAAAGGGUGAACUAGAACAUCCUGUGACAAAAAAUGAAGAGUACAAGAAGAUUAUGCAUACCGAGCUAACACGAUUGCUUCACCAAGGAACUUUAACAAACGACUAGUACUACUUUGUGUUGUUUUGCAUAGAUAUAUCGAUUUAUUGGAUUCUGUUUUUGAUUUAUUUUUCAUUUUAGAAAUUGCUCUGUAGUGUUAGCAAACGAAAUACUGGAAUUACAAUAUUACACGCAUGUGCUUUUUUAUAACUGCUGCUUUUAUGGAUGAAACUUAACGAAAUAAAUUGGUUGUGUAAAAAUA